UUUACAUUUUUUUUUGCAUAGUUCUUGACGUAAUUCUUGCAAAUUAAAGUUUAUUUUAUUUUAUAUGUGCAGGGUUUUUUUAAGUAAUUAUUGAACAUGUUGAUGUUUUUAACACGUUUAAAUCGUAACCACCCUGGUUAUAAUAUUAAAAAAAAGAAAAAAAUUCCAACGAUUGAAAUCAGUAAAUAGUAACUAUUAUUGUAAUAAUAAAUAUCCUAACAAUUUAGAUAAAUUGUAUCAUUUUCUUUAUAGUUAUUAUCAUAAGUUAAUAGUAUUAUGCUACAUAUACAUUUACAUAAUAUAAGAGAUCGGCUUCGCAUGUUGGUCUAUAUCAGAUUUUUUUCAUUCGGUAUGUAUUCUUUGAUGUAUCUGCACAUAAGUUACCGCGUUGCUGUUGCUACUAUAGUUCUCAUUACUUCAAUAAGUAAUGCAGAGCAAUUUUGGAAAUAUGAAGAAGCAUGUAAAAGAUUUCUCAUAGAACAAGAAGCAAAUAUCGAAGAUAUCACUAACAUAUCAAAAAAUGAAAUAAAUAUCGUCAAUCAAACUGACAAGAUAAAAACUAUAUGCACAGAAUUUAAAUUGACCAAUGUUCGUAUGGUAUGUCGAGAGUUUGAUUCAAUAACAUACGGAUGGAAUUAUGAUCCUAUUGCUUUCCAUACUUUUAACGGCUCAUUCGGUGUUGCUGUUGAAUUAGUAUCCUACAAUAACAGUAAUAAAUCAAUACAUCAAUUAAAAAUUUCGACUCAAUCGUAUGUCCGAUUUGAUAAACUUGAACAAGAAACUUAUUACUUGGCCAGGGUUAGAUUAACCUAUAAUGGUACUCUAUGUCAUUUAGGUACCAUAGACUUAGACGCCGACCGUACUUUGAAUAAUUUUGAAUCACUUAUUCCCGUCGACUGGUUAAAUGUAAGCAGAGAAUUCAACGUUUCUGAAAUGCAAAGCUCUAUAGAUACACGCCUUCAGUGGAAACUGUCUUCGAGCAAAAAUUGUUUUUACAAGAUCAUAUGUCACCAAAAUAAGUACAAUCUUCAAUAUCCUAACGUUUACUCAAUUGACGUAGCAGAUUUCAAUGAAUUGAAUUUGUCUGAAUUGUCCUAUGACACCGAGUAUGUAGUGACGAUGCAACCAUGGUACAAAAAAAAAUUGGAAAUGGCCCUCAAUGGUUCGGCAAACAGAGUUAUAAUGUUUCAUACGCCAGCUUGCUGGGAAUUAAACCUUUCUGAGGCAUGCCCGCCAGGACCGUCAACAGACCUAUCGGUUGAGGAAACUUAUAUGAGCCACAAUCGAUUUAAUGUAAGAGUGUCUUGGAAAGGUCCGAAAAUCAAUGUUGAUUAUUACAUGGUGAAUCUAAGUACAGAAUCAAAGAAUGUGUCGGGUGCGUUAACUGAAGCUUACUUUGAAAAUGUUUCACUGAACAACAAUUACUAUGUGAGUAUACAGGCGUUUAAUGAGAUUGGUGCUGGUAAAGAGAUUUGGGAGGAACGUCACCGGCAUUCAUCAAGAUCAUCCGACGGCAAAUACUACUUAUGGACAAUUAUCACUCUUUUAGCUCUAUGUACAUUUGGGGUUAUAGGUAAACAAGUUUACCGCAAAAAAAUAGAAGCCAAAGUCCAAGAAUUAAGCGCAUACGAAAUGAAUGUGCUCAAAGGAUUAGAGGAUGUGCACAUGUUGAUGGACGAAAAAAACAUAAUAGUUUCUGAGGAGCAAUUGGGUAGCGGUCAUUUUGGUGUCGUUCGAAAAGGUAUCGUCAAAUCUGAAACAACCGAAGAGUAUCCUGUGGCUAUCAAAUCUCUUCAGGGCAGGCCGAGUAGUCGAGAUAUCGAUAUGUUCAUCGGUGAGAUAUUACUCAUGCAAAAAGUUGGCAAGCAUCCCAAUAUUGUAUCUAUGAUUGGAUGUUGUGUGGAUGUUAAUAAUCGAUGCAUGUUAAUAGUGGAAUAUUGUCCAUUGGGUGAUCUUUUAAGUUAUAUGAGAAAAGUUAAUAUCAAGCCAUGGUAUUCAAAUGAUUUUGGAUAUGAAACAACCAUCAGUGGAAUUGUGGAAUGUAAUAAUUGGCAAAACAGCAAUAUUACUAGACCUCCAAUAGUAUCUAAUAACUGUUACUUAUAUCAUAAGGAAGAAGAAAUAUUUUUGUCUAUUGAAGAUUUACUCCGAUUUGCAAGCCAAGCUGCUAACGGAAUGACUUUUUUAGAGAAAAACCGAAUAGUACACCGUGAUUUAGCUGCACGAAAUAUAUUAUUGAGCGAUCAUCAUACAAUUAAAAUCUGCGAUUUUGGCUUAAGUCGGGAUGUAUAUGAACAGAACCAUUAUACCAAAUCUAAGGGUGGUGACCCUCUACCAGUUAAAUGGAUGGCCAUUGAAUCUCUCAAGUACAGAGUUUACACAACUCAAAGUGACGUUUGGUCUUUUGGUAUUUUACUUUGGGAAAUCAUGACAUUAGGAGGAUGUCCUUAUCCAUCUAUACACUCUUCUAAACUGUACGAACUACUGCAGAGAGGUUACCGCAUGUCUAGACCAGCUCUUUGUAGUUAUAGUUUAUAUAAAAUCAUGCUUGAAUGCUGGAAUCCUGAUCCUAACAAAAGACCUAAAUUUGGUUCUAUAAAAGAUACUAUAGAUGGUAUAAUUGAUGAAAAUUAACAUAUAUCUAUAAAUAGAUAAAUAUUUAAAAU